CUGACACGGCUCCCAACGAACAGGCAAACGCACGCACAAGAACUCCCUAUUUUAAUCCCCUCCUCUCCCGUCCUCUCCGGCUGCGAAACCAACGACGGCACACCCAAACCCCAACCGCCUUUGCCUCCUCGCCACCGCCCGCGCCUCGCUUCCCCGCGGUCUCGUCGUCGGUUCCGCCGCUUAAUCGGCUCGUCCAGUUCACCACCGUCUUAUUGGCCAGAUUGAUAGAACGCGUGCUAUCUCAGAUUCUCGGGUCGCCGCCACCGUGUUAGUUCGCCCCGGUUGGAGACGGACCAUUCGCUUACCGAUUCCCGAGGCCGCCUUGCGACGUGUCCCCCGGGGGAAUUAGGGUCGAGAGCGGAAAGCUCCGGCCUUGGCAAGCUGGGUUCCAGUUCUCGGCAGGCGUCCAUGGCGGCGGAAAGGCGGCCCAGCUACAGGGACAGGGACAGGACGGCGCCAGGCGAGUCUGGCAAGUAUUGGAGGGCGCCUCGCUCUCAGUCCCACGGUGCGUUUCUCGAUCCGUCCUCGCCUUGUUUCCAGUCUUGUCGAUUUCUGCUCUUUGCUUGCCGUUUAGAUGGGUUGCGCCGCUUUCCCCAUUCUCCUCGGGUGAUUUCCUGUGCGGGAAAUCUAUAAUGCGCAGGGAAUACAUGUGUUCGGGUUACUACCUUCCUUCCAGGAUUCAUCUGUUCGCGGCAAUGUCGAGACGCGGUAACUAACGUUUUGGGUAAAAUUGGGUCGUCAGGUAGCAACAUCAUGCAAGUAGUAUGUAUGUCCGGUUGAGUCGUAUGCCAGUGCCCCGAUUGGGUAAGUGCGUCCUCUUGGAGCAUACACUGACUACGUUUGGGGAGUUCUUGUACUGCUUGCUUUUAUGGGUCUGAUAGUGGCCGUGAACCUGCUUAUGGAUGAAAAGAUGAUAUUGUUUUUGAGAAAUCACACAGAGUUGCUAACAUUUUGUUUAUGACAUCUGAUCCCACACAACUCUGGUAGUGAUUUUGGUCUGCAAUAUAAAACUAGCUGAGUUUAUUUUACAUGCUUGAUCAGAAUAAUUUUUCUUCGAAAAAACGUAUUAAGAAGAAUUAUCAGCAGGAGCAUUCUUUGCAGUUUACUUUGCUAAAAAGCAAAUUAUGUUUCAGAAAUACCAAAUGACAGGUCUACAAUUUCAAGCCUUGUAAAUUGGUAGGGGUCAACCACUCAUCUGCACAUUUAUGUGUUCUGCCAGCGUUCAGUAGGAAUCAAAUGGAUGUUUUGCAACUACACCAUGGGAUGGAUUCUUUAGUAAGGCGGUGGGAAUUUCUCUGUUCCACUGUGGGAGAAGAAAUUCUGCACUGAUGCUUGUGCUAUCCCCUGGGGUAAGCUGUGUGAGACCAAGAGAUUGAUGUCAUUGUACAAAAAUAUUGUUGACUGGAAGGAUUCAGCUGCAUUUGAAGCUUUCAAUGAUGCAAAGGCCCGUUUCUGUGCUCUAUAUCAUGAUCAACCUUGUGACAUCCCUUUGCCUGAUCCAAACAUGUUUAUUGACACAGUCAACCCAGAUGAGCAUGUUGAUCCUGAAUUGGUGGCUGAUCUAGAGAGGUCACGACGUGCUGUUCCCAAAAUGGACAUCGCUGCAGCAGAUUGCUGGGACUCCUUUAUUUUCACAGACAAGCCAGUUCCGGCCACAGGAUGGGGUGAUGGCGAAACAAGCAACACUACCGGUCAGAAAUGCUCUGUAAAUUGGGAUAAUCAUGAGGAACAGCUGAUUGAAGUGCAUUGCAGGCAAAGCUCAGUGAACUGGGAUAAUUAUGGGCCCGAUAAUUAUGCCAGUCAGCCUGCUCAAACCUUUGUCCAACAAAGCUCAGGAAAUUGGGACAUGUAUGUGGAACAGCGAGGUCAAACAAGCAGCUGGGGGGCGCCAAUCUUGCCCUCCACAUCCAAUUGGGACAUGAAUGAUGAAUCCCUGCAUGCAUGGAAUGGUGACCACUGUUGGGGUUCUGCAGCUAUUCAGACAGAUUCGGACAACCAUGGAGAUAACUAUGAUGUGUCUGACAGUCAAGGCAGGUCAUAUGGGCACUGGAGAAGGCGAAAUAAUGAGUCUGGCAGAAGGAGCAGCAGGAAUAGAGAUAGAGGAGGUUCCAUUAGCUCCAAGGUUAUGAAAUCAAAGUACCAGGCAGACGAGCAUAACAGCUCGAGUAAUGGCUGGAGACAUUGCCGAGUGAGAGAUAACACGCCUUACUCUUAUGAGCAUCCUGGUUACACCAACCAAUCACUGGCAAUGUGAAUGCUCUUGAUGUUCGCCACUUCACACUUUGGAGGUGUCAUUUUGUGCUAGUGAAUGUGGACAUCUUCAGAUAAAUUAGAACAUCGAAGGCCCCUGUAGGUUGUGUUACCCUACUUUUUUUGUUUUGCUUGACGUUCCUGGAGAUAGUGACGGCUUUGUCACACAAUUUGUGUGUUCUGUACAUAUAUGCUUUGAGCCCAGUUGUUUUGUUUUGGCUGUAUUGCGUUGUCAAUGUUGCAUAAUCGUAGUUGGAAUGAAGGUGUUGUCGGUGCCCUGUUUUUCUUCA